AUGGGUCAACCUAUGAUAAUUGUUAACUCUGGCGAAAUAAUGGAGCAACUGGACAAGCGAGGAUCUCUACAUUCUGACCGCCCGCGCCUUCAAAUGGCCGGCGAGCUUGUCGGGUACUCCAAGACGCUCGUCCUUGUUCCUUAUGGUCAACGACUUCGCAACUAUCGUAGACACGUUUCGAGAAUGAUAGGGAGCCCUGGGACACUGUCUCAAUUUCACCCGAUGAUUGAGGCAGAAACACAUAUGUUCUUGAAACGGACCGCUGCUAAUCCAGACUCGGAUUUACUCAGUCACAAUCUUAGAAAGACGUCUGGGUCAAUCAUCCUGAAGCUUUCUUAUGGAAUCGAAGUCCAGGAAGAGAACGACCCAUUUGUUUCGCUUAUUGAACGGGCGAACGAUAAUUUUAGUCUUGCGACCAAACCAGGUGCCUUUUUGGUGGAUGUGUUUCCCUCUUUGCGACACAUCCCUCCUGGAUUUCCGGGUGCAAAAUUCCACCAACUGGCGGCUAAAUGGGCUAAAGACUUCAAUGACAUGAUUGAGGUUCCCUUCAAUUUCACCAAAGAGCUAAUGAGUAAAGGAAUUGCUCCUGUUUCCUUUGUUAGUGCAUCUCUUGAACAUGAAGACAAGCUGUCGGAGAACGAGAUUUUCGAGAUCAAACAUACUGCUGCUUCCAUUUAUGCUGCGGGGGCAGACACCACAGUUAGCGAUCAAUAUUCAGUAUUCCUUGCCAUGGUGGUAAGCUGGCUCCUCUAUAUUACUUCUUCAGAGGUUUUACACAAGGCCCAAGCAGAGAUUGACUCUGUCGUCGGCAAUGAAAGGCUACCUACCUUUAGCGACCGUGAACACUUACCAUAUUUGAACGCAGUUUUGACCGAAUCCUUGCGGUGGAACAGCGUAGCUCCUACAGGUGUUCCCCACAGAUCCAUGGAGGAUGAUAUCAUCGGCGGUUAUUUUAUUCCCAAAGGGUCCAUUAUCAUAACCAAUCUCUGGAACAUGUUAAAUGAUCCCGAAGUUUAUCCAGAUCCUUUCAAGUUCGAUCCGGAGCGACAUAUUUCGCUUCCCGGAAAGCCUGCGCAGAAAGACCCUCGUCAUGCUUGCUUUGGAUUUGGCCGCCGCGUAUGUGUUGGCAUGCACCUUGCUGAAGCCUCUUUGUGGAUAUACAUCGCAAUGAUUCUGGCGGUCUUUGAUAUCACCCCCGCAUUGGAUGAGCAAGGCAAUCCAAUUAUACCUGAGCACGAGAACACAACGGGGACCAUCAGUCACCCGAAACCUUUCAAGUGCAUCGUCAAACCUCGUUCGGAGAAAGCCUUGUCUCUUAUUACAGCUGAUAUCGCCCGAUGA